UCGGAGCGUGUGACCCUCCGCCGGUCCCGGAGAGCCGGGCUCGGAGCGCAGAGCCGCGGGCCCCUCUCCGCAGUCCGCUCCCGUCCUUCCCGCCCCGGGAGCACCUGCCCACCUGCCCAGCCAUGGGGGAGGACCUCGCCCAAGCCGAGAAGCUGCCGCACCUGGGCUCUGGCACGUGGCAGGAGAAGCCAGCCAGCCCCAGCCUAGCGUCCUCCUCCACGCGGAGCCCCAGCCUGAACCUGGGGAGCACGGAGGAGGCGGUCCGGGACAGCGCGCAGGUGAACGCCGUCACGGUGCUCACGCUGCUGGACAAGCUGGUGCACAUGCUGGACGCGGUGCAGGAGAACCAGCACCACAUGGAGCAGCGGCAGAUCAGCCUGGAGGGCUCCGUGAAGGGCAUCCAGAAUGACCUCACCAAGCUCUCCAAGUACCAGGCCUCCACCGGCAACACGGUGAGCAAGCUGCUGGAGAAGUCGCGCAAGGUCAGCGCGCACACCCGCGCGGUCAAGGAGCGCAUGGACCGGCAGAGCGCGCAGGUCAAGCGGCUGGAGGCCAACCACGCGCAGCUGCUCCGGCGCAACCACUUCAAGGUGCUCAUCUUCCAGGAAGAAAAUGAGAUCCCUGCCAGUGUGUUUGUGAAGGAGCCGGCCUCCAGCCCCGCCGAAGAGAAGGGGGAGCUCGCUGAUGAGAACAAGUCCCUGGAGGAAACCUUGCACACGGUGGACCUUUCAUCGGAUGACGAAUUUCCCCAGGAGGAGGAGGCCCUGGAAGACAGCGCGGAGGAAACGGUAGAAGAAAGUAGGGCAGAGAAGAUAAAACGAUCUAGCCUCCGGAAAGUAGAUAGCCUCAAGAAAGCAUUUUCUCGCCAGAACAUCGAGAAGAAAAUGAACAAGCUGGGCACAAAGAUCGUAUCUGCAGAGAGGAGGGAGAAGAUUAAGAAAUCGCUCACCCCCAGUCACCAGAAGGCAUCUUCGGGGAAAGGCUCCCCCUUCAAGGUCUCUCCCCUCACCUUCGGGCGGAAGAAAGUCCGGGAGGGAGAGAGCCCUGCGGAAAUGGAGACCAAGUCUGAGGACAUGCCUAGCAGCGACCAGGUACCCGGCGAGCAGGAAGAGGGUCUUUCCCCCAGCGCCCCGGUGGAGGGAAAGAGCAGCGAGGGGCGCGCAGCAAGGGCAGCCUCCCGGGGGAGCAGCAUCGACCUGACCGUUCAGGAGGACGAAGAGGAGCCCUCGGUGGCCGUGGAACAGGCCCAGAAGGUGCGCUACGAGGGGGGCGACCUGCUAGCCUCGGAGGAUGCGGAGGAGCCGGUGCCGCCGGCGGUGCUCCACGUGGACCAGACCUCCUGAGCGCAGCCCGCCGGGCCCGGCCUGUGCUCUGGUGUCCGGGAGUGACCAGGGCGCGAGCCGGCCCCCAGCCCGUCCCCAGCACUGCCCGUCCCGCCCGGUCCUCGUCGGCGCCGCGGUCACGGCCCCGCGGCAGCACCGCGCGCGCAGGCCCGACGCCCCGGACCACGACCUGCCCGCGCGCUCCUUCCUGGCCCUCGGGCUCUCUGUUGGCGCAAUUUCUCCGGGAUCCCGCCGGAGAAGAAGAACGGGGGCGGCUGCAAAACGCCGACCAGGGCGGCUCAGCGACAGGCCCGGAGGCUCCCGGGGAGACGCGCCUGCAGCGCGGUUCGGUUUCGGUGGUUCCGUGAGCCGCGCGCGGCGCCGGCGCGUCCUGAGGCCGCAGAACCGCGGGAAGCCCCCGCCUGCAUUCCGGGGGCCUGGCACGCAACAUGCUAAGCUAGAGUCGCAGCUACUUUAUAUUCGGGGGGGGGGACACUUCUUAAGAACGGUGAAGGCGAGGGUCCAGUUGUUACUCACUCAAUAGAAACCAGUGUCUGAAAUGAAAUGACUGAUCAUGAAGGAAAAAAACUGAAAGUCUGUAAUAGUCAGCUCAUAAAGGGAGAAGGAAAGCCAGGACCAUCAGAGAAAGAAAACCAAGGAGAAGCUGGAAAAUAAGAGGAACCAGAAAGGAAGAAUGCCAAAGAGAAUGGAGAGAAAAAAAACACGUGCUUAGAAAGAAAAUAUUUCCAGUAUUAACUCAAAUAUUCCAUUCCUUAAAUAAUAAUUCUAAAGAGUUUCGUAUAUCCUGGAAUAAUAUGUUCUAUCUUCACAGUAUUCUUAUUUUCUAAUUUUUCAAAUAAUAUGAAAACAUAGUUUACUGUGUUAAAGUUGCAUUUUUCUUAAUAAAUCAAAGACGUUACAAAUAUUUCUCCAGGGAGGUUUAAAAUGAUGUUGUCUCUUUAACAUGAGAAUGAGCACAAAUCUUCAAAAUUCCUAUGUGCUGUCUUUUGGAGGAAGCUGGAUCAUACUAUUCUUUCAUGUUUUCUAAAUCUGAAAUAACCUUUACGCUCCAAAUGACGUAAUAUAGGUCUAGAAAGAUGUUAAAAUCAACAGGUUUGAGAAGGGAAGGAUUCUGUUUUUCCUUUUUGUAUAUACUGCUGAUUUCAUCCCAGGUCAUAUUUUAUUUAUGUAUUAAUUUCACAGAAUAUUAAUGUGAUUCUUCCAAAAGCAUGCUAGUGUAUAUGGGCACAUUCAUUCUGACAGGAUAAUUUUUACUACUGCCUAACAUUAUACUAAAAUAGUGCUUUAUCUAUUUUUAAUUACAGAAUGCUAAUGUUUUGAGAAAAGUAUUGAAUUUUAGUUUAGAGGCGGUUGUGCUAGGGAGCAAAUGCCCCACCUUUCGUACAAUCCACUCGCCAUAUGUAACCUUACAAAUAGAAGUAAUCCACGACUGUAUUAACAAACGAUGCUUUGUGUUAGAGAAGGAAAGGAUUAACAGAUGUAUUGAUGUCAUAACCUAUACAGCUCUGUCCUUGUUUGGCAAUAAUGUACCCCAAAUACUAGAUUGUUGAACUAACAAUGGCUGUGUUAAAGAAGACUAAAUAAACCAAAAAAUAAAAAGUA